CCAACUAGCAAGGUUUGACAGCUGCCUUUUGAGGGUAGCCCAUGUUCACGUGAAGUGAUUGUAGGGGCUUUGUAUUUUUGCACUCCUCACUCACUCUAUAUAACUACUCACCCAUCUUCCCAAAUUUUACCAAGUCCUAAACACCAUCAUGGACUCCUCCAAGCUUUCAGCUCUGUUCCUCAUUUUCACGCUCUUCAUCUCCUCAGCCACCCCUAUUCUUGGCUGUGCCCCUUGUUCCAAGCCCCCUCCCCAGCACAAGCCCCCUUUCCACCACAAGCCCCCUUCCCACCACAAGCCACCCAAAGGAAAGCCCCCCAUUACUCGUCCUCCCAUUGUUAAGCCUCCUAUCACCGUGCCACCGGUUGUCCCUCCCAUUGUUAAGCCUCCUAUCACCCUGCCACCGGUUGUCCCUCCCAUUGUUAAACCUCCCAUUACAGUCCCUCCCAUCACUGUCCCUCCCAUUGUUAAACCUCCCAUUACAGUCCCUCCCAUCACUGUUCCUCCCAUUGUUAAACCUCCCAUUACAGUCCCUCCCAUCACUGUCCCUCCCAUUGUUAAACCUCCCGUUACAGUCCCUCCCAUCACAGUCCCUCCCAUUAUUAAGCCACCGAUCACCGUCCCUCCGGUCGUGACUCCUCCAGUGAAUAAACCACCGGUGGGAACGCCUUGCCCACCGCCACCUGCCUCAGCGACGUGCCCAAUUGACACAUUGAAGCUGGGUGCUUGUGUGGAUCUUCUUGGCGGAUUGGUGCACAUUGGUCUUGGAGACCCUGUCGCCAAUGAGUGCUGUCCGGUUCUUUCAGGUCUCGUUGAGCUGGAAGCUGCUGUCUGCUUGUGCACUACUCUCAAGAUCAAGCUACUCAACCUUAACAUCUAUGUCCCACUUGCUCUUCAACUCCUUAUCACUUGUGGAAAGACACCCCCUCCUGGUUACACCUGCACUGUUUAGAUCAAAGUUGCUAGACUGAUGGAUGCAUGGAAAAGUGGACAUGAGAGGAUGUCAACCAUCAUCCUUCACUCAACUCUCUCUCUUCCUCUUUCUAUCUUCUUUCUCUUUCUCUCUUCCUUUACUCCUUUUUCUCUUCUUGAUUGGUACUGUUAGCUAAUGUUUGGCUCUACUGUACACCAUUUGUUUUUAUGAGAUUGUCGCAAUGUGUGUUUUGUCUAAGACAAGGAUGCUUUUUCUUUUUGUAAUUUUUUAAUUGGAUUCCCACUUUCAUGCAA